GUCAAUAUAGACAGACGUCAGUCGUCAAAUACGAAAAGUCAAAACUCAAAAUAACCUAAAAAUUUAAAUAAAUUUUUAAAUUCAACAUAAAUAAUAACAAUGAUAACAAUUUCGAAUAUCUGGAGAGGUACGCCAAUAAAUGCUUAUUUAGUUUUACAAACAAGAUUUAAAUCCAAAACGCAUUGGGCGAAAUUAAAAAAGAAGUCUGGCCCAAAGUACAAAGCGUUAAGCCAUUUCGAUGAGUUCUACGGCUCCGUUUUCGGUAAACAAUGGGAGCCGUUGCGAGAGGCUCUAUUGCGUAGGUCCAAGUACGUAGCAGUGGUUAACAACUACGGCGACACGGAACAGACCAUGGAUUAUCUUUCUAACAGAGGGGCUCACUGUCUCAAAAAUCUAAUGUCAAUACAGAAAGAGUUUCACGAUAAAUAUAACCCACAACCAAAUGAAACACCACCAGAACAAAGUACAGAGAUAAACAAUUUUGAUAGUUACAUAGCCAAAUUGCAAAGUGAGGAAAUUUCCAAUAUUUACCGACAAGGAGAAAAUGUACCUGAGAAGUUAGAGUUAAGUGAUGAUAGAGUUUUAGGAAGUACUCCAAAAAAUGAAGACAAACAAGACCGCAAAUCAGCUCCCACUCUUAAUCAAGCAUUAGAAGAAGCUGAGUUGGAUCAUUCUAGAAUAAUUGAACCAUCAAUGGGCUUAUCCACUGAGGCUCUGUAUCAAUAUGUGCCUGCAACUAAAUUGAAGGGAUUAGAUGAAUGGGUGCCAGAAUCACUGCACUACUCCUUUAUGACUAACAGAGACAAAGACUUUCCAUUAGUGAUAGAGCCAGAGACACAGUUCACUUACCCGGAGCAUCUGAAGGUGAUGACGUAUGAGAUGAACAGUGAAUAUGACAGGUUUCCUGAGCCCAAGAGAUGUAGCACAGGAGUGUUCGACUACUACCCGAUGGACUGCGGCAGUGUAGUAUCGGUGCUGGCGCUAUGCCUGGCGCCCGGCGACCGCGUGCUGGACCUGUGCGCGGCGCCGGGGGGCAAAGCCCUAGUCGCGCUGCAGACGCUGCUGCCCGACGUGCUCGUCUGCAACGACGCCUCCAUCUCCAGAUCCAACAGGAUAGAAAGGAUAUUCCGCGACUACUUGAUGGACUACGAGACAGGCAACAAGUGGCAAGAGCGAGUGAUGAUCACGCGGCGUGAUGGCAGGGUCUUCACCGACGACCACGGGUUUGAUAAGGUGUUGGUAGACGUUCCAUGCACGACAGACAGACAUUCAGUGAUGGAAGACGAGAACAACAUCUUCCGAGCUGACCGGGUCAAGGAAAGGUUGAGGAUACCUGAACUACAGUCACAGUUACUGCUAAACGCCCUCCGAGUGGUGAGAGUCGGCGGGGCCGUAGUGUACUCCACGUGUUCGCUGAGCCCCGCACAGAACGACGGCGCAGUACACGCCGCGCUAAGGGCGGCCUUCCAGAGUCACGGGAUAGUGGCUGUUGUCAGGGAUAUGUCAGGGCCGUUCCACGCACUAAGCAGCACACUGAAGUUAGGAGCAGGGCUCGUCAAACCGAAGUACGGGCAGCUGAUAUUGCCUGACAUAGCUGCCAAUUAUGGGCCCGCCUACGUCGCCAGACUUGUUAGAAUUAAGUGAAUUCUAAUUAACAUUAAAAUAAGGUAAUUCUUUAAAAAUAAGAAUGUGUAAAUAAUAAUUAAGUUGUGUAAAAUAAACAUUUUUUUUCAAA